GGUCUCGGGUCAAAGUUCAUAAGAGCUGCAGUGCGCGUUUCUCUCGUGCCGGGUUUUUAAUUUCUUAUUUUUGGAAUAGGUGGUCAGUUCAUUUUAUUUCCUCCAGAAAGAUGGCCUCAGAUUCAGGCUACGGUCAGCCUGGCGCUCAACAAAGUUACGGAUCUUAUGGUGGAUCCCAAGGCUUUCAAAGUGGACAGCAGGCGUAUGGUCAGGGGAACGGAAGUGGCUCUUACGGUGGACAGAACUUCAGUGGUUACGGACAGGCUGGUGGAGAGAGUUACGGCCAGUCGUCUCAGGGAUACUCCUCUGCCGGCUACAGUCAGCCUCAGCCGGGCAUGGACAGCUACGGUCAACAGGCUUCAUCUGAAGCCUCUACGGGGUAUGGUGACAAGUCGUAUGGGCAGCCUCGGUCUUUCGGCCAGUCGGCGGGUGGCGGCGGAGGGGCGUACGGACAGUCCAGCGCCUCCUACGGGAGCUCUCAAGGUGGUUAUGUGCGCCGUAAUGAUGGUGAGGCGCGCCGGUAUGGCGAUGACGGAGGCUCAGACAGGACUGAGGGCUACCGGGGCAGAGGUCGUGGGGGGUUCGACCGGGGUGGCUAUGACCGCGGAGGCUUCGACAGAGGUGGCCGAGGAGGCCCACCCUCCGGUAUGGGUGGUGGUGACCGUGGUGGCUACAAAAAUUACGGUGGACCCAGAGACUAUGGGCAAAAGGAUGAUGGAGACGGCGAUCAGGAUAACUCGGACAAUAAUACCAUCUUUGUCCAAGGUCUUGGAGAAGAGGUCACCACUCAGGAAGUGGGAGACUUCUUCAAGCAGAUCGGGAUCAUAAAGCUCAAUAAGAAGACUGGCCUCCCCAUGAUCAAUCUGUACACUGAUAAAGCCACUGGACGACUGAAGGGUGAAGCCACAGUCUCCUUUGACGACCCCCCCUCAGCCAAAGCUGCCAUUGAUUGGUUUGAUGGAAAGGAGUUUAAGGGAAGACCCAUCAAGGUGUCGUUUGCGACGAGAAGGGCAGAGUUCACCCAGAGAGGUGGCGGCCGAGGAGGAGGCGGAGGUGGCGGCCGCGGUGGUUUCCGAGGCAGAGGUGGCUUUGGUGGCGGUCCCUCGUUUGAUGUCCGGGGAGGAGACUGGCCUUGUCCCAACAGCUCUUGUGGAAACAUGAACUUUGCCAGAAGAUACGAAUGCAACAAGUGUGGCACUCCUAAACCUGACGGUGGCGAUAGUUAUGGAGGUGAUCGCGGAGGCCGGGGCGGGUACGGAGGUGACCGCGGGGACCGUGGCGGGUUCAGAGGUGGCCGAGGCGGGGGUUUCCGGGGUGGAGACCGCGGAGGCUACGGCGGAGGCGGAUACAAAGCUGGCGGAAGGGGAGACCACAGAGAAGAGAGACGCGGCCGGCCAUACUGAAGACUCUGCGGGUCCCAGACCAUUGUUUAUUGGGGUGUGGGGGGGGGGUUAGGGGAGAGGUUUGUGUCCACAUACCUUUCUGUUGCAUGAGCGUCCUGCAUAUACUGUUUGAGCAGUUUCCCAUAAAUGUUGAAUCUGGAGGAGGCCGAGUGAAGGGAACGAGAUGAGUUUGUUCUCUGAUCCGCCGCUUUUCUAAACCUUCAGUCCUGUAAGGAAAUGGCACAACUGGCCACAGAUCAGCUUUAAAGGAUGAUUUUGCUCUAGGUGAAGGGGGUGGGGCCAAAUGUUAUUUUUGUUACUUUUAAUUUCCUGAAUUGUUGAAUCUGGCAUUUAGUGUGUGAUUUGUGAAAUGCUUAUUGUUUUGUAAAAAUCAAUCAACACAACCCUUUUACUUGUUUCGUUUUUUUUUUUUUUUUUCAUUUUGCAAAAAAUAUUAAACACCCUUUUGAUCUUAA